GAGCCCGACAGCAGGAGCCAGACAGCAGGAGCCAGACAGAAGGAGCCAGACAACAGGAGACAGAAAGUAGGAGCCAGACAGCAGGUGCUAGACAGCAGGAGACAGAAACCAGGAGCCAGCAAAAAAGAAGAGCCAGAAAGUAGGAGCCAGAAAGCAGGAGCCAGACAGAGCGAGAAAGCAGGAGCCAAAAAGCAGGAGCCAGAGAGCAGCCAGAAAGCAGGAGCCAGAAAGCAGAGCCAGACAGCAGCUGCCACACAGCAGAGCCGGUCAGCAGAGCCAGAAUACAGGAGUCAGAAAGCAGAGCCAGACAACAGGAGCCAGACCGGAACUAGAAAGCAGGAGCCAAAAAGCAGGAGCCAGACAGAGCCAGACAACAAGAGUCAGACAGCAGGAGCCAGAAAGCAGAGCCAGACAGCAGAAGCCAAACAGCAGGGCCGGAAAGCAGGAGCCAGACAGAAGAACCAGAAAGCGGGAGCCAGAAAGCAGGAGCCAGACAGCAGAUUCCAGACAGCAGGGCCGGAAAGCAGAGCCAGACAGCAGGAGCCAGACAGCAGAUGCCAGACAGCAGAAGCCAGACAGCAGAUGCCAGACGACAGAAGCCAGACAGCAGAAGCCAGAAAGCAGGAGCCAGAUAGCAGAAGCCAGGCAGCAGGAGCCCGACAGUAG